AUGACGACGCUCCAGCAGACAUCCAACGGCGCCUAUGGCCCUUCCUCGCCCUCGGCCGGCAGCUUUGUCGAGGGCAGCGGCAGCCAGCGCGACAGGAGCGGCAUGAUGAGCAAGCGCCUGACGGCCGCCAGCCUUAGCAACCGCAACACGAACCGAUACUCGGUCACCGCCCUCUACAGCAUGGCCGCAGAGCAGGACAUUGAAGUCGAGGACGACCUCGCGCGAGCGCAGAAGCGGCUCCGCGAGCUCAAAGGCAGGAUCUCGGCCCAGUCAAAGAAGAACUUUGUCCUGGAGAGGGACGUGCGGUACCUCGACAGCCGCAUCGCCCUGCUUAUUGCAAAUAGGAUGGCGUUGGACGAGCAAUCGGAGGUGGCGAGCACGCUGGAAGACGCGGACCCCUCGGCGGGGACGACGCUCGACGACCGCAAGAUGCAGCAGUACGGCAACCUCUUUUUCCUGCUGCAGUCGGAGCCACGCCACAUCGCCGCGCUCUGUCGGCUUGUGAGCCUGGCCGAGAUCGACACGCUGCUGCAGACGGUCAUGUUCACGCUCUACGGAAACCAGUACGAGAGCCGGGAAGAGCACCUGCUGCUCACCAUGUUCCAGUCGGUGCUCUCGGCGCAGUUUGAGACGGCGACCGAGUUCGGCUCGCUGCUCCGAGCAAACACGCCAGUGUCGCGGAUGAUGACGACCUACACGCGCCGAGGGCCGGGCCAGUCGUACCUCAAGAGCGUCCUGGCCGAGCGGAUCAACAGCCUGAUUGAGCACAAGGACCUCAACCUCGAGGUCAAUCCGCUCAAGGUCUACGAGCAGAUGAUCAACCAGAUCGAGGAGGACACGGGCAGCCUGCCGCCCAACCUGCCGCGUGGCGUGCCCGCCGAGGUGGCGCAGGAGAAUGCCGACGUCCAGGCCAUCAUUGCGCCCCGCCUCACCAUGCUCAUGGAAAUCGCCAACAGCUUCCUGCUGACGAUCAUCAACUCGAUCGAGGAGGUGCCCUACGGCAUCCGCUGGAUCUGCAAGCAGAUCCGCAGCCUGACGAAGCGCAAAUACCCGGACGCCACCGAGUUUGCCAUCUGCUCGCUCAUCGGAGGCUUCUUUUUCCUGCGCUUCAUCAACCCGGCCAUCGUCACGCCGCAGGCCUACAUGCUCGUCGACGGCCCGCCGGCCAAGCACCCGCGCCGGACGCUGACCCUCAUCGCCAAGAUGCUGCAGAACCUGGCCAACAAGCCCUCGUACGCCAAGGAGCAGUACAUGAUGUCGCUCAACCCGUUUGUCGAAAACAACAAGACGCGGAUGAACGCCUUCCUCAACGCCCUCUGCGACGUCGGCGACUUUUACGAUACCCUCGAAAUGGACCAGUACAUGGCGCUCUCGAAAAAGGACCUGCAAAUCUCGAUCACGCUCAACGAGCUCUACGCCACCCACUCGCUCGUGGCGCAGCAUCUCGACGUGCUGGCGCCCAACGACAAGCACCACCUCCGCAUCCUCAUCGACGAGCUUGCCGGCUCGCCGGGCCAGGUGCCCCGCAAGGAGAACCGCACCGUCGACCUGCAGCUCUUCAGCCGGUGGGAGACGCCCAUCCAGGACCUCACCACGGCCUUCAUGUCCGAGAACAACGUGACCCAGAACGACAUCCUCUACAUGGAGACCAAGUCGAUCUUUGUCCAGCUGAUCCGGUCGAUCCCCUCGCUGGCCGACCGCCGCCCCAUCAACCUGCCCCAGAUUGCCGAGCGGGCGGCGACGACCAAGGACGCGACGCUGGUCCGCAAGGGCAUCAAGGUCAAGGAGAUGCUGCGCGAGCUCGAGGAGCUCAAGGUCGUCGACCGCCGCGACGGCUACAGCCUCAUGACGGACGAGGUCGCCACCGAGCUCGCCCACCUCGGCAACAUGCGCGAAAAGGUGAUGCAGGAGAUGCGCAGCCUCGAGGCGGUGCUCAAGACGAUUGGCGAGCACAACAACUACCUCCGCAGCCAGCUCGACACCUACAAGAGCUACCUGCAGAACGUCCGCAUGACGAGCGGCGCCGCCAAGGACAAGGCCACCGGCGGCGUCGGCGUCGUCUCGGUGGGCGGCAAGGAGAAGAAGGCGACCAAGGUGCAGGUGCUCGGCCCGUACCGCUUCACCCACGCCCAGAUGGAGAAGGACGGCAUCAUCGUCGAGAGCAACGUGCCCGAGAACCGCCGCGCCAACAUCUUCUUCAACAUCACGUCGCCCUCGCCCGGCACCUUUAUCAUUGCGCUGCACUACAAGGGCCGCGAGAAGGCCAUCCUCGAGAUGGACCUCAAGCUCGACGACCUCCUCGAGAAGCAGAAGGACGACGUCCAGCUCCUCGACCUCGAGUACGUCCAGCUCAACGUCAGCAAGAUCCUCCAGCUCCUCAACAAGACGUUUGCCAAGCGCAAGUUCUGA